AUGGAUACAGAUGAUAAUCUCACAAAGCAGAUUGAAGAAGUUGAGGCUCUCACAUCGAUCUAUACUGAUGAUUUUAUAAUUGACAGUGAAACACACAGGUCAUAUAGCAUUAAAAUUAAGGACAACAAUAAUGAAGUGAUAUUAAGUGUGACUAUGCCAUCAAACUAUCCACUUCAAGCACCUCCUAAAUAUGAGUUCUCAGCUCCUUGGAUGGAUAGAAAAGCAAAAGAAAAUCUACGAUAUAGUUUAGAGGAAGUUUAUUUAGAGAAUAUUGGUGAAACUGUUAUAUUUCAAUGGGUUGAAAAAAUAAGAGAAACAUUACAAAAAAUAAAGCCACAGAAAGAAGAUAAAAAAGAAAAGGCCAUUGUUGUAGAAACAUUAGAUUUGUCACAGCUAAAUAUAAACUGCCCAGAUAUAACACAUGGUGAAGUCAUUAUUGAUAGGAAAAGCUCCUUUCAAGGUCAUGCAGCUGAAGUACACAGCUUAGAUGAUGUUACGGCAGUUCUCUUUAAGUUAAAGCAAAAUAAAAAGAUUCAAAAUGCAACACAUAAUAUGUAUGCAUACAGAAUAGAGCGACAAGCAGCUAAGGGCACAACAAUUCUUCAAGAUUGUGAUGAUGAUGGGGAGUCUCAUGCUGGGGGAAGAAUGCUGCAUUUAUUGCAGAUUCUAGACCAGAAGAAUACACUUGUAGUGGUAUCAAGGUGGUAUGGUGGAAUACAAUUAGGUCCUGACCGAUUUCGGCAUAUUAACAAUGCAACAAGACAAGUUAUACAACAAGCAGGCUUGCUUAAAAAAUGA